AUGGGGGACAGCUGUUGCCUUGGAAAUGCCACUGCCAUCCCAGCUGUGCCCACCACCUCCAUAUGCUCCAGUGGUGGCAGUUUCCAACAUGGUAUCUGUUUGCCUAGUUCCUGUCGGAGCAGAACAUGGCAACUGGUUACAUGCCAAGAAAACUGUCAGCCAUGUGGCAGUGCCCCAAGUGGCUGUGAACCUGCUUCUUGCCAACCACCCUGCCUUCCAGCAACUUCUCGUGUCGGUUUUGUUUGCCAACCCAUUUGCUCCUACACGGCCUGCUGUGAAACUGGCACCAGUCAGUCUCCUGGUCCAGUUAGCUCAUGCCAGCCCUCCUGUUUGGAAUCUACCAGCAGUUCAGUAAAGUGCUGUGAAGCCGGCCCCUGCCAACAAAGCUCCUGCCAGGAAAGUGUCUACACAUCUGAGUUGUGCCAGGCAGCUUGUGACCAAUCAGUCUGCUGUGAUGCUGGGUCCUGUCAGCCAGCCUGCCCUGAAGUCACUUCCUGUCCUGAAACUUCUUGCCUACCAAAUGUCUGUGCGGCUAGUCUGUGCCAGCCAACUUGCUGCCAUGCGGGUUCAUGUCAGCCCAUUCGUGGUGAAGAUCAGCCCUACAAAUCAUUUUAUUACCAACCGAUCUGCUACAUUUUGAAGCCUUGCCAAACGAUUCCCUGUAUACCAGUUCCCUGCCAGCUGUCUGCUUGUGUGUUCAGGUCUUGCAGUCCUGCAUGCUGUGUGACCUUCCCUUGCCAGACACUUCACUACCAACCAGCACCAUGCACAUCCUUCAUCUGCCAGCCAGAGGCUAACAGACAGCCCCCUUGUUCUGUAAACAACUCUUGCAAACCAGCUUCCUGUGGCACCGUGAUUUCUGGCCAACCAACUAGUGGUGAACCCACUUUCUGCAAUCAAAGUGGCUGCAAAUCCCCUUCCUGCCAGCCAGCUUGCUGUGUGAUGGGUUUCGGCAGGCCAGCCAGUGGUGGCUCCAGUUGCUUCUGA